AUGACUUCCUUCUCGUUAGUUGCACUCGUGCUGCACAUUCUCGCGACAUCCUCCCUCGCGCAAUGUAAGCCCGCACCACGUCCCACCGUCGCCAUCGACGCCGGCGCCAUCGCAGGCACAACCACCGCCGUCUCCAUCUCCCCAUCAGCAUCAUCAUCAGCAUCAUCCUCCGCCACGAUCAACAAGUUCCUCGGCAUCCCAUACGGCGCGCCACCCGUGCGCUUCGCCCCUCCCAAGCCCGCGCCCGCCUGGCACGGCACCUACGACGCCUCGCACUUCAAGCCCACGUGCGUGCAAAAGUUCAACAACCCGCCCGCCGCGCGCAACCUCAGCAUCGCCCUCUUCAACACCCCGCCACCGCCGGGGCAAGAGGCCGAGGACUGCCUCUCGCUCAACGUGUGGGCGCCGCGCGACGCGCCCGCGGGGAGCAAGGCCGUGCUGCUGUGGUUCUUUGGCGGCGGGUUCAGCUUCGGUUCCGGGUCGCUGCCGCUGCAUGACGGGGCGUUGCUCGCUGCCGAGCAGGACGUCGUCGUUGUUACGUUCAACUACCGCACCAAUGUUUUUGGCUUCCCUGGCGACGCCAGUAUCCCGCCUGGAGAGCGCAACCUCGGCUUUCUGGACCAGCGGCUUGCGCUCGAAUGGGUGCGACGCAACAUACUCGCGUUUGGCGGCGACCCGCGCAGGGUGACCAUCUUUGGGGAGAGCGCGGGCGCGGGCAGCGUCGACGCCCUGCUCGGCGCGCCGCCGAAGGGUGGUCUGCCGUUCGCCGGCGCCAUCAUGCAGUCCGGCCAGGCGAGCAUCCUGGUGCCCAACAACGACACUGCGGUGUCGUGGGCCAAGCUCGUCGCAAAGGCCGGAUGCCCGCCCCGUGACGCCAUCGCGUGCCUGCGCAAGAUACCCGCGCAGAAGCUCAAGGAUAUCGCCGAGAAGGAGAUGCUGACCUUCUCACCGCAACCCGACGGCGUGACAUGGGCGUUCAAGGAGCGCCUGGACAGGCUCAACUCGGCCAAGGGCAACUCAUCAUUCGCUCGCGUGCCCAUCCUCAUCGGGAGCAACGCCGACGAGGGCAGACACUUCAUGAUCCGCCAAAACGACACAUCCAAGGUCCUCGGCGCGGUGCCCAAGGAGAUCGCAGACAAGAUCGUGUCCGCCUACCCUCUGGGCUCGCCGGGGAUCCGCACGCCCAACGACCAGAUGACGGCCAUCUACGGCGACCUGUCGUUCCACUGCCCAGCCAAGGUCGUGGCCGAGGACAGUGCCGCGGCGGGCAUCCCGACGUGGCGGUACUUGUUCAACGCCAGCUUCCCCAACGCGCGCUUCUUCCCCGGCAGCGCGUACCACGCGUCCGAGAUCCAGCUCGUCUUCGGCACGUACCCGCGCGGGGGGGCCACGCCCGCGCAGGAGCAGCUCAGCCGGGCGAUGCGCACGGCGUGGGCCAACUUUGCCAAGGACCCGAGUAAGGGGCCUGGGGGGAGCGGCGGCGCGCCGGAUGUACUCGUCUUGGGGAACGGGGACAAGGCGGAGGUGAAGACGGUGAAGGCGGAGGUGCUGGACAAGAGGUGCGCGCUGUACAAGCCGCUUAUAGAUCAGUUGACGGGCGUCAAGCCGGGGCUGCGGGCAGUAUAG